UUAAUUGAGAAAGGUAGGUGAUGGAGGAAAAGAUGAGGAUGAUUAGCAGUAGAGGUGGUGUUUCAGAAAAACCUGAUCGGAAAACAGUGGAAAGGAAGCGGAGAAUUCAUAUGAAAUAUUUGUGUGGAAAGCUUGUGUCUCUUAUUCCUCCCCACCACUUUUACCCAUCUAAGCAGGAAUCACUGUCACAACAAGAUCAACUUGAUCAAGCUGUGACAUACAUAAAGACAUUAAGAGAACGAGUAGAGAAACUAGAGAAGAUGAAGAAGAAAAUGAGUUGGGGAAAAGAAGAAGAAAGCAGCGAGAAGAAGAAGAAGAAGAAAAAGAAGAAGAAGAGUGCAACAACUGCAGCAGCAGCUUGUACAUUACUAAAAUCGGCAGUAAUUGAAGUUAGAGAUUUGGAGUCAACCUUAGAAGUAGUUUUGAUGAGUGCUACUAAUAAACCAAACUUCAUGCUGCACCAACUCAUAAGGAUCGUAGAAGAAGAAGGGGCUCAACUUCAGACUGCAACUUUUUCCACUGCAGGGGAUAAGGUUUUCCAUACACUCCAUGCACAGGUGAAAGUUGCUAGGUUAGGCAUGGAAACUUCAAGGGUUUAUGGAAGGCUCAAACAACUAAUCACUUAAUACAAGCUAAGCUAAGAUGGCAGCACACAAGUUUUUAUGAUUCAUUCGUCUAGUUUUUUUUUUUUUUUGGUAAAAUAAUAAUCUGUAAAAUCAACAGAUUUAGUUAAUUUGUUGGUAAAAAUAAUUCAAAAAA